ACAUCUCGUUAUUUCUUUCCCGCGGUCCUUCCCGCCCCCUUUUUCUGGGUCUUGGUCUUUGCGGGGUGGGGGCCGACUUAGCGCUUUGGAGGAAUCCGCCGGCGUAAAGCUGGGGAGGAGGGGAGGAAGGAAACCCGGGGGGUCCUGGGGGCCAGAGACUGUUAACAGCGAACAGCUGGCACAGCCUGGGCAAGCGCCCCUCCCCCGCGUGUGCCUCAGUUUCCCUUUGUUGAACAUUGACAAGAAGAUGCUGGGGACAGAGAGAGCGGACGCGUCGUUCCCUGCCCUGCUCCGGCCGUGCGCAUGGAUUAUGCUCCUGCUGUGUGCCAGCUGCUGGGUACUGAGGAGACGCUGCUGCAACAGCUGGGGGCGGCCAUCAUCGAGGAAUGUGAGGGCACGGCCAAGAUCCAGGUACACAUGGCCUCCUCCCUGCCUCUGCCCUCCGACAGGGAGUGCUUCCGGCCCCGCAUCGACCUCAUUGUCUUCGUGCUCAGCCUCCACAGCAAGUACAGCCUGAAGACCGUGGAGUUGUCGCUGCCUCACGUGGAUGCCAGCUUCUUCCUGGGCAAAGUGUGCUUCCUGGUCACUGGAGCCAGAAACGAGCAAAACAAUGGCGUCCACUUGGACACCGUCAAGAAAAUGGCCGCCACCUACCACAGCCCUCUUCUCUUUGCUGACCUGGAGGUGAAAUGCUUCCGGGUCUCCAUGGCCCAGCGCCUCAUCCGCAUCCUACAGAUCUGUGCGGGCCAUGUGCCAGGCCUGUCGGCCCUGAACCUGCUGUCCAUGAUGAAGGGGUCCUUGGACCUGUCCGAGCAGGAGUGUGACUGAGCCCUCCCCCUGGAGGCCUCAGACGGCUCUCCCCUCCCCUCCGGGGUGGCCGGGGCCCUGCUGCAGGGGAGCCGAGGGGAGCGGUGCCCCGGGGGACCAUCCUGCCAAUCUGCCCCCUUCCCUGGGCCCCUGUUACUCUGAGAAAUCAGGGUUAAUUAAAAAUGAACCAGAACCAAACUGGCUCUUGCCCCGAGCCCUCCUUUCCUGCACCACCUCUGUCAGCUUCCCGUCCUCCGGCCCGAAUAUUUCCCAACAGAAAAUCCAUCGGGUUCCGGACAGUGACCAACCAAGUAGCUUAGUGUGGAGCAGCGUCCUCCUCUUCAGACUCAGAAGAGUGCGCAGGCAGGCCUCGGAGGGCUGGGCCGGGGGCCUGAUCCCCCAAAAACUCCGAUCUCGCCAGUCAGAGCCUGACGUCUGAGCAGCCGUGGGCCCCAUCGUUCCCCAAGAGCCACUUGGGAGGGGAAGGCGUCCAAGGCAACAAGGGAAGGCUUUCAAGAGAAGAUUCCCAAACCAUGAUCAGCCUCCAGGAGAAGAGACAAAGGGGACGGCGGGGGCCUUAACACCAAACUUUAUUCUGACAGAACUCUUGCUGUAAUUGUACUGAUUGGUCUGGGGACUGAAUAAACUUCUUGGUUGUCAGAAUUCCCCACCGUCCCACCUGAAAUUAGUGAGGGCAGAUUGAGCUGACCCUCACCCUCCGUCCCCCUUCACGAGAUCUCGCCCUGUGGGGAGCCCAGCUCAAGCUGGAUCUAGGCCUCUGACACCCUUGUCUCCUUCCUUUGGGAUUCAAGACGUGAAGGGCAAACCUGCCAGAAUGAAGGGGCUUUCCUCGCCUGGAUUGCCAAGGGCCCUGACCCGGACCUGGCUCCCUCCUGCUGCUCCCUCUUCCUCUCCUGAAACUAGAAACACUUUUGUAUGGAUCUCUUUGGUCCGGAAAUCCACUGAACAUCUGCUGUUAUCUCAAGUAAAGAUGCUUUUUCUUCCAAUUCAUGGCUUUGAUUUAUGUUAGAACUUCAGGCUUUCUCCUCUCUAUCUGCCCUGCUGAGCCCUCUGGGGACAGCGGGGUGCAGGAGGAAGGACCAUGGACAGUGCCCUGACCCUUCUGUUUCCCUGCCUCUGAGGGCAAAUCCUGGGGUCCAGCCACCCAGUCCAAACCCACCAGCUGGGCGCCAGUCGGUCUUUGGGGCCUCAGUUUCCUCAUCCAGCACAUGGGGAUGAGCAGAUGUGGCCCUGGUUUGCCUGAGGGUUGACUCUGUAAACUGUCCUCUGUCCUUUUUCUUUCAAUUCAUGGCUUUGAUUUAUGUUAGGACUUGAAAAUUCUAUACUCGAAAAGGAAAAGGGAGCAGGACUGAACUGGGAUCCACAGUUUCAUGCACAAUCCUCUCUCUGUUCUGUGUAUAUUCUGUUUGGUGUUUGUUAUUUUCAGAAAAUAAACUUUUAAAAAGUG